UCAUCGUUUUUAAUCUGGAACUAAUUUGGCGCUUUAUGGUUGCUUUCCGGAAGGUUUUCAUAGUUACACACCAUCAGAAAACUGUCAUGGCGUCUGGAUACAUUGUAAAUCGUGGUGUGCUAACAUUUGGAAUUCACUAUCAACAUGUUUGUAGAAAUGUACUCCUUACACAGACCCGAGAGAAGAAGCGAUGGAUGAAAGCAUAUACUCUUUUGAUGGAAAGAAAGUUGAAGAUAGAAGGGCCUCCACCACCUAAACCACGUGCUCAAAAACCUAACUGGGACUACCAUGCAGAAGUCCAGGCAUUCAGCAGCCGCCUUAAAGAAAGUUUCUCCCCGGAGCUCCUGAAGACAGCCUUCGUGAACCCCUGUUACAUUCAGUCAGAGCAAGAGAGGAGGCAUGCACUCGGCGUAGACUCUGAAAUGGCCGCUCUGGUCCUGGGGGACAACAUUCAGCUGCACACACAGGGCUUGGAGUUCACCAAGAGCUUCUUGUCUGACUGGUGCAGGGCCAGCUUCCCUAGCCUGCCCAGCAUGGGAGUGGUCGCCAUUGUCGCGCACCUGACCAGUCAUCCAGUCGUGUGCCAUGUGGCGCGGAACCUCGCCAUCGAGGACCUAACUAUGAGCGCUCAAUUCCCGGUCCCUGACGAGGUAUUGCACAGUACAUUCCUCGCUGUGAUCGGAGCACUCCAGGAGAGCAGCGGAGCUGAGAGAGCAGGACUUUUCCUUCGGGAUUUCCUGCUCACUCAGCUGGUAGGGAAAGACCUGUUUGAGAUGUGGUCGGUGGUAAACCCAAUGGGGCUGCUGGUGGAGGAGCUGUCCAAGAGGAACAUGGCCCUCCCAGAGCCUCGCCUCACCAGGUCGGCCGGCACCGGCACUGUGCUCCCACUCUACUUCGUAGGGCUGUACAGUGAUAAGAAGCUCCUUUCCGAGGCUCCAGGGGAGACCGUUCUGGCUGCGGAGGAGGAGGCGGCACGCGUGGCCCUGAGGAAACUCUAUGGCUACACUGAGAACCGGAGACCCUGUGACUUUUCUGCAGCGAAGCAGCCUCGGGCUCCUGGCCUCCAAUCCAUCAGCAGCAGCUAAAGGGCAUCACCCCAAGCACUACAAUGUCUUCCAUCAGUUGAUGACAGCUCUUGACACACCAAAGUCAAGCAGUUCCCUUAGCCUAUCAGGACCAACCUCUGACAGACUCAUACCUGCAGACAUAGGAAUACCCUCCAAACUAUGUGGUCUCCUCAGCCUUGCAAUUAGAGGACUGUCCUUGGGCAAAAUAUUGUGUUUUUUUGUGUAAUAUAUUAUUGAUCUAAAAGCAAAAUGUUUCAUGUCCAUAACAAAUCUGUAUCCCUGAGCACGUCUCUUCAAAGAAAGUUUAUCAUACCAUC